GUCUUGUACACUCCCAUUGUUUUGCACAUGUUAGCAGGACUGGGCUUGUUUCACACUAUUUCAAUGCUGUCAGUCUGUUUUACCUGAUCGGUCGCAUACUUGGAUUUUCAUCACCAGCUAAUAAACUUUGUGUGGUUUAAAAAGAUGCAUUACUUUCCUGCCGCUUUGUUAGCAUUCUUGAGCAUAUUAUCUCAAGUGUUUGGAGGUAAAGUGUUGGUGUAUCCAUUGGAUGGAAGCCACUGGGUGAACAUGAAGGUCCUGAUUGAGGAAUUACAUACAAGAGGUCACAACGUGACUGUGCUUAGAGCCUCUAACAGCUGGUAUAUCAAGGAGGAGUCUCCUUUCUAUACCUCCAUCACUGUUUAUAAUAGUGGUGGAAUUGAAAAGGAGCUGCUUGAUGCAUUUACAAAACAUAUCCUGGUCAUCAGAAGAGAGAAACUCUCCUUUUGGACCCACCUCUCACUGGCCUCAGAGGUUGGAAUGUUUUUUGGAGAGAUGCAUCGCAAUCAACUUGACUUAAUGGGGAAAAUCUUUGAAAAUAAAGACUUAAUGGCUUCACUCCAGACAGCAAAAUAUGACUUGGUUCUGACAGAUCCGGCUUUUGGAGGUGGAGGUUUCCUAGCACGCCGUCUUGGUCUCCCUCUUGUCCUAAAUGUCCGUUGGACGAUGCAUGGAGAGGCACAUUAUGAAAUAGCUCCUUCACCACUAUCGUAUGUUCCUUUACCAGGAGUAGAGCUGACAGAUAAGAUGACGUUUGCUCAACGUGUACAGAACGUAAUGGGAUACAUAUUUUCAGUUUAUCACAAAACCAGAUUUAUCUCCUCACACUACCAGUCCUUCUGCAAUAAAUACUUUGGAUCAGAAAUUAAUUACAAAACCAUCCUUCGGGAUGCAGACAUCUGGCUCAUGAGAACUGACUUUACCUUUGAGUUUCCACGACCCACAAUGCCCAAUAUCGUCUAUAUGGGGGGCUUCCAGUGUAAACCUGCCAAGUCACUUCCAGCUGAUCUUGAGAAGUUUGUGCAGAGCUCAGGAGAUCAUGGACUCAUUGUCAUGUCCCUAGGGACUCUUUUUAGCCAUCUUCCACAAGAUAUCACAGAGGAAAUUGCUGCUGCUUUUGCCAGAUUGCCCCAAAAAAUCAUUUGGAGACACACCGGACCUCGACCUGUCAAUAUUGGUAAUAAUACAUUACUUGUUGACUGGUUACCUCAGAAUGACCUGCUUGGACAUCCUCAGACUAAAGUGUUUAUAACACACGGAGGCACUAAUGGCAUCCAAGAGGCCAUCUAUCAUGGGGUGCCCAUUUUAGGUCUGCCUAUAGUAUUUGAUCAGCCUGACAAUCUGUCUAGAAUGAAAGUUAGAGGCACAGCUAAACUUGUGGAUAUUGCAGAAUUGAACAGGACGAUGUUUCUACAGGCACUGGAGGAAGUGCUGUAUAACUCGUCUUACAAGGAGAACAUGCAGAGACUGUCCAAGCUGCACCACGACCAGCCGAUGAAACCUCUUGAUCGUGCCGUCUUCUGGAUCGAGUUUUUCAUGAGGAACAGAGGAGCUCCUCAUUUACGAACACAGUCUUUCAGAAUGUCCUGGAUUGAGUACCACUCUAUAGAUGUUAUUUUGACUCUGCUGAUGAUAGUUGUUUUGUGUUGUUUCAUGAUUCAUAAGAUCAUAACAUUUCUAUGUUUUAAAGUAGUAUUUAAGAAGAAAAUUAAAGCUGAGUGAUUGAAUAUUUGGCCACAAUCCCAGGAAUUUAUUCCCUAACCAAUGUUUCUAUUUUCAUUUUGGGCUGAGAAUAUAAUGUUCUCCUGGAAAGUUUUAAAUGAAACAUAUGUAAACCUCUUCUGAAAAUGAAUCAUUUUAUUUGUGCUUAUUUGUGCAAAUUAUGUUAAAAAAAAUUGUGCACAGAAAUAGAGUGAAAUUAACGUAUUGUUGCAUUUGAUUUACAUCUUCUGGUGUAAAGUACACUGUUUGUACAUUUACAUUUACAUUUACAUUUAUGCAUUUAGCAGACGCUUUUAUUCAAAGCCACUUACAGUGCAUUCAGGCUAACAUUUUCUACCUAACAUUUUGUUUGUAUCACAGCAAAUUUUCAAACUUAUAUCUUCUAAGCAUCAUUUUUUAUAAGGACAAAAAUAUAUAUUAAAUGCUAUUUUUAAUGUACUUAUCUACACAUCUAAGGGCGGCUGAAUUUAUAAAAGUUUUAAUCUUUAUGUCUGUAUUGAUUUUUUUUAAGCAUACAAAUUAAGAAGAAUGCCUAAUGAAAAUACACUGCUACCUUGUAAGCACUGUAUAUAAAUAAAUAAAUAAAAAAUAUUUAACUAUUA